GGCUCGCGAGUGGGUAUGGCCCAGCGAGCCGAGCGGCCGCGCGCCACCAGUCUGCGCUCGCUGGCGGCGCGGCCGACUCCCACGCGACAACGCCAGCUCUGGCUCGACUUUGCCACCGACAGCCCGGUCAGUGCUGCCAACGGCUUCAAGGUCAGUUGGCUGCUCGCAGCAUCCUCGUCGGCUCGCAUCCUCCACGUCGGUGUGGCGGCGACCAGCCCCCCGACGACGCUCGGCGACAUAGAGAACGAGCCGGUACCGCUGGGGAGUAGCAUGAACGUGUCCACGGUCUUCCCGGAGGACUACCCCGUGCACCACCAAGAGCAGAGUGGCGAGCAGCGGCCGCAGGAUCCCGGCCAGGAGCAAGCUAACGGACAGGCGCGGCAGAGUGCAUCGCGUGAGUCGUGCCAACCCCCGCCAGGUGCCAAGGACUGGGUGGGCCUCGACGAGGUGACGAAGGUUGGCUUCCUGGUGCCGCUCUUCGCUGAGGCCCUGGGCACGUGUCUGCUGGUGAUAAUCGGCUGCGCGUCGUGCAUCGCUUGGGACGCAGCGCCCAGUGUCUUGCACAUCGGACUCACUUUUGGACUCGCAGUCGCCAGUCUUGCCCACGUGUUGGGGCCAGUUUCGGGAUGCCACGUGAAUCCCGCGGUGACGCUGGGCCUCCUUGUCAGUGGCAACUGCACCAUACUCAAAUCUAUCUGCUACAUCGUGUGCCAAUGCUGCGGUGCUGUCGCCGGCUCGGCUAUUCUCAAAGCCGCGUUGCCGGACAAGGCCAGUCAGCAAGGCUUGGGCAUGACGCUCCUCGGCAACAACGCGAGCUCCGGCCAGGGCGUCCUGAUCGAAGCGAUCGUGACUUUCCUGUUGGUGCUCGUGGUGCACGGGGUGACCGAUCCGAAGCGCGAGGACUGCCGCGGCUGGGCUCCCAUGGCGAUCGGACUGACCAUCAGCGUGUCUCACUUGGCGGUGGUUCCCCUCACCGGGAGCAGCAUGAACCCAGCGAGAAGUCUGGGCCCGGCCGCGAUCGUCGGUCUCUGGACCGACCAGUGGAUCUACUGGGUCGGCCCGAUCGUCGGCGGCCUCGUCGCCGGGGCGCUCUACAAAACCAGCCUCCGAGCCAAGAGCAAGGACGACGAGGAGGCCUCGUACAAUUUCUGAGCCGAUCGCCCUCGGGAGCUCGGAAACUCUAGUCAGAGCCACUUUCCUCGGCCGCGUGCCCUCGGCUCUUACGCGCGCUGUCGAUUCGAGAUCGCGCCGCGUCUCAACGGCUCAACGUCCGCAUCGUGGCGAUUUUUAUGUGUACGCUUCGGCAUCGAAAUUCCGAAACUGACGUACGACGCGCGACGGACCUUUACGCUCCGUGCAUUGGUAAUUUAUGCUUUUUAAUGCUGGUGCAGCUCUUUCGAAAUUUCCCAAUUUUCCGAUACAAGACGACUCAAGCUGAAGCGAUAUUUCUCAAUCCGCUCAUCAUUGCUUUGGCCGAUGUCUUUGUCACGUUUAUGUGUACUCGAGUAGUUGUGUCGUAUCAUUAAAAGAUCUUUUUGUAGUUUUCCUGAUAUGCGCUCUUAUGAGUCUCGAUAACAUAGUUCUCUACAAAUUAAUAUUAGUAUAUAUCAUUGUAGAUUGAAAAUGAUCGUUGUAAUAACAAUUUUUAUCGGUAGCAGGUCUACUCUGUAAAUAAUUUUAGUUACCGACAAUUAUCUUUUAACCAAGAAAGUUGAUGAUAUUAUACUGUAUUUUAAUUGUUAGAGUGUUAUACAUAUUGUAUGCUAAUGAAAAAUGUAUUACUUUUAGCUUAAGUGUUGGAAUAAUAUAGAAAUUUGCACGUUUUAUUUGUGUGCAUUUCCGUUGGAAUUCACUUUG